AUGCGCCUCACGGUUGAGUUGAUUCAGAACUCUCUAUCCUACAUCAACCCGCUCAAGGAUCGCGAGCUAGAUCUUCGAGACAACGACAUCUCCUCGCUAGGCAACUUCCCGUUCUUCCCGCGGCUGCGCAUGCUUCUCCUUGCCAGAAACCGGGUGCGGCAGAUCCAGCCAAGCCUUGCGAAUUCAAUCCCGGGCUUGACGACACUUGUCCUGACAGCAAACAACAUAGCUGAGUUGGCGGACCUAGAUCCGCUGCGGAAUCUGACGAAGUUGACGCAUUUGGUGCUGUUGGAGAAUCCAGUUACGAGGAAGGAGUAUUACCGGCUUUGGAUAAUCUGGCGGAUUCCCAGCGUCCGCUUCCUCGACUACCAGAAAGUGAAAGAUGCGGAAAGAGCUAAGGCAGCAGAGCUCUUCGGCACGGCUACGGAGCCGACUGCGCUUGCAUCGAAAAUUCUAGGCGUGAAAUCACGCACCUUUGAUAUUCCGUCUGGCGGCGCGGCAGACCAACCGCCGCCCGAGAAGCGCCUGCGGGUGAAGCUGACGGAUAGCGAGAGGAAGCGGAUUGAGAAGAUGAUUCGGGAGGCGAAGAGCUUGCAAGAGAUUACGCGGUUGGAGAGGGAACUAAAUGAAGGGCGGAUACCAGGGGGUGCGCUUGAUGGGGCGGGAAACGAUGGGGAUCAGAUGCAGCUAUGA